AUGUACCAGAUUGUUGCCAAACUCAAGGCUCUAAAACUGGUUUUCAAGAAGAUCAAUCAAGAGGGCUUCACAGAAUCGCAAUCUGCAACCAUUCAAGUAGCUAGAACCCUGAAUUUUUGUCAAGAUAAAUUGCUCCUAGACCCUCAAAAUCUGGUAUUGCAGCAGGAAGAAUCGGAUGCUAGGAUAGCUUUUACACAAGCUUACAAGAAUUACCAGUUAUUUCUCCGCCAAAAGGCAAAAACCAGCUGGAUAAGAGAUGGAGACGAUAACAUAGCAGUAUUCCAUGCAAGUCUCAAAGCCAGAAACAACCAAAAUAGAAUCCUAUCUAUUGUGGAUGCACAUGGCACUAGAGUAGAUGACCCGAACAAGAUUACUGAGGUAUUCCUGGGUUACUAUCAACAAUUACUUGGUACGAAGAUGAUGAAUAGAAGGAAAGUAAUAGGCCAAGUUCUCAACAAAGGGCCUACAGUCUCGAUGCAACAAAGUUUAGCCCUUUUGGCUCCCAUUACAGAUGAAGAGAUCAAAAAUGCUAUACUCAAGGAUAUCCUUCCUACUAUUGUGGCUCAAAACCAAGGGGGAUUUGUCAAAGGAAGAUUCAUUGCCCACAACAUCAUGAUAUGCCAAGACUUGGUGAGGCACUAUGGGAGGAAAUCAUCAAAGGCUAAUUGCUUGAUCAAACUUGACUUGCAAAAAGCUUAUGACACAAUAGAAUGUGAUUUCAUUGAGGAGGUGCAAAGGGGUCUACUUUUUCCUGAAAAGUUCAUUACUCUUGUAAUGAAUUGUGUCAAAACUCCAAAAUUCUCUCUUUUCUUCAAUGGAUCUCUUCAUGGAUUCUUUGAAUCAAAGAGAGGAUUAAGACAAGGUAUCCCCCUCUCGCCUCUAUUAUUUGUCAUUGGCAUGGAAUACUUGUCCCGAAUUUUGAAAAAAGUAGGAGAUAAGAGUGAUUUUGCUUUCCAUGAUAGAUGUGAUGCCUUGAAACUCAAUCACUUGAGCUUUGCUGAUGAUGUUCUACUUUUCUGUCGAGGUGAUGACAAAAGCAUCAUUCUCUUACUACAAGGUUUGAAGCUUUUUUUAGCCUCAUCCGAGUUGCAACCUAACAAGGCAAAAUCUGCAAUUUAUUGCAGCAAUAUGCCUGAAUCUGAUAUCACUAGAGUUUUGGAGGCUUCGGGGUUCUCGAAACAACAGACACCAUUCAGAUACCUUGGCAUACCCAUAUGUAGCAAGAGAAUUUCGAAACAAGAAUGCACAGUGUUGACAGAAAAGAUGACAGCAAGAAUUCGAUCUUGGAGCACCAGAAAUAUCUCAUUUGUGGGAAGGGUUGUGCUCAUUAAUUCAGUUCUAACCACAAUACAUUCUUAUUGGUGCCAAAUCCUCAAACUACCAAAAAAGGGAGCAGGACUAGUGGCAUGGGAAAAUGUAUGCCAAUCAAAGAUUGCAGGGGGCUCGGGUAUUAAGAGAACUGCUGAAUGGAAUUCAGCAGUACUUUUCAAAAUCGAGUUGCAUGGAGUAAUGAGGUUUGGGGGAGAUUUAACACACCAAAGCAUAGUUUUAUCCUUUGGUUGGCUGUGCAAAAUCGUCUCAAAACUAAGGAAAGGCUGCAGCGGUUCAGUCUCCUUGAUGAUCCGACUUGCAGCCUAUGCAUGUUACAAACUGAGACACAUGAGCACCUUUUCUUCAGUUGAUCCUUUUGCUGAAUAUUGUCUUCAGCAGGUGAAAAGGUGGCUAUCAUGGGGAGCACGAACCAGCAGCCUCUCCCAACUACUCAAGUGGAUUCAUAAGGCAAAAAUCAGCAAGUUUAAAAGGAAAACCAUGGCAGCAGCUGUAGCAAACUUGGUUUACUCCAUUUGGCAUGCUAGAAAUGACCAAAUUUGGAAUAGUCACUUAGAAAGUGAAGAGGCAAUUGUACAAAGAGUCAAAGAUAGUGUAAAACAUAGAAUAAAAUUGUUUUGGCCACAAAAGAUUGGUCAACAAGAUAGAGAUUGGUUUCAUUCUUUGUAA